CUCCCCCCGCCCUCGCACGGCGCACAGCGCAGAAGGGCAGUGCUGGGAGAGUCAGGGAGACGGCUCUUCCAACCUCCUCAACUUAGGGCCACAGCGGCCUGCUCUAGGUCAUACAGACUGAAAGUGGACCGGGUGCUCAGGCCUCUGGUCCCUGACCAGCACUCAAGACAAUGCCUGGAACACAGUAAAUAUUCAAGAAACGACGAAUCCAAACUUACAGUGAGGAAGUUGAGAUUCAGCGAGGGGAAGCGACUCUUCCCAAAUUGAGUGGGAGAACUUGGCUUCAGACUCAGACCUGUCCGGCUCCAAAAGCUAGUGCCCUGAACCUCUUUGCCAGCUCUUAGCACCUCCUAACUGGAAUGACCGGUCGUCGUUCCUUUAUUCCAUGUGUGUUGGGAUCCUACUUGGACGAGACACGGUGCUGGGCACCAGGACAAGUACAAGAUGCAUAAGCACGGGAAACUGCAAUGGAGCGAAGGGCAAAGCCAGAGGGAGAGAAUGCAGGAGGGCUUCCCGGAGGAGGGGGCACACAGAUGGUUCGCUAGAGAUGAGUAGGAGUCUCUGGGUAGAAAAGACGGAGGGAUAUUUGGACUGGAGCAAACUGGAGCAAACUGGAGCAUCAUCUGAGGUUUGAAGGGUGUUUGGGAGCGUUGCGUGAUUUGGUUAAGGGGUCUGGGGGACGGCAGCAGGUCAGGCUGGAAUGGAAAGAUUGGCCUGGGCCUUGAGUGUCAAGAGUGUGGACCUUCUCUUGGGGGUGAAAGGAAGUCAGUGGAGAACUGUGGUCACACCCAGGUCGGGAAAGACCACUUUCCCCAGGGGAGGAGUCCAGACUGAGCGAGGCAGGGAGAGCCGCUGCGAGCUGAUGGUAAAGAUCCAGGAGGGGGCAGAGUCCAGAGGGCCUCUGGGGCUGAAGGAUCAGAGGUGGUGAAACCGUUUCUGGAGCCCUUCUCAUGCGUCUCUUCCUAGGAGAUGGGCACACCAUUAACAUCAUCCUUUCACAGAGGAGAGAACGGAGGCACCGAGUAAUUACAUAACGUGGCAGAGUCACAUGUCACACAGCUCGUGAGCGGGCAGCGGGGGUUGCCUCGGGUAGUCUGGCACCAGAGUCCCCUGCCUCUCUUACCGCUGUCUCCUGGCCCUGCUCACCAGAACACGCUUCGGACCUUCUGCCAGGAGCUGGGGGCUUGCGCAUUCCAGGAGGGCUGGGAAAUCGCACAUCUCUGUAUCCCUCAGGGCUCAGUACGGACUAGGCAGUCAACCAAGGUCAAUUCCAUACCCGCUGCUGGGCCCUGCUGAAGGAUCAGGACAGUGGAGCCCCUUGCCUUCCUGCUCCAAGGUCAGCCAGCCUCAGUACCACUGUCUUUAUUCAGUCUUUCUCCCCGCGUCCUUUGUGUGAACACCACUUGCUGUUUCCGAGCGCUGGUGGGCAUGUGGCUGUGUUGCGGUCUUUCUGCCAUGUCAUUUGCUUCCUUCGUCACACUGGGGUUUCUGAGAGCAAGGACCGGGUUCCCCAUCAGUCUGGGGCUCCGUGAGGGCAGGGGCUGGGCUUCCCACCAUCACUGGCAGCUCUCUGUGGGCUGGGACUGUGCCUCCUCCAUCCUCGGGGAUGACCCCGUGGUCCCCCAGUCCUAGCCCACCCACAGUGGGCACAAGGUGGGAGCAGGGAGGGGUGCACACAGUGAUAACCAUCAGUGGGGGAGAAGACUCUACUCCUAGGAGUUCCUAUCCCAGAGGGGCUAAGUCUCAGACCUGCAGCUGGGCUGGCUGGAGACCAAACUCCAGGAUCUAGGUCACCCCCUUGGCGGCAGAGCUGAUUUAUGGUCCCCCUGACAGCCUAAUAUCACCAAAUUACCCCACACAAUGGAGAGAGGCUGGGCUGCCUCCGGGGAGUCAGAGAAGGACGCUGAGCCUGGGCGGCACUGCCGCCUCCCGAUCGCAGACCUCCUUCAGGUCUGUGGGGGGAGGCUGGUGCCGACAGAGGGCACACCCAGGCAUGCCACCUUCAGCUGGGGGUAUAAGUAAGAAGCCUUGGGGACAGCCCUGUACCCUGCACUCGGGAACUAGCAGCGCUCUGACGACUGCCUCCUAUCCCACGAGCUGCAGCAGGGCCAGCCAUGAGUUGCAGACAAUUCUCCUCCUCUUACCGGAGCCAAGGCAGCUCCAGGGGCGGCGGGGGCAGCAUGAUGUCCUCGUUCGGUCGCGUCAGCUCCUCAGGGGCCGCUGGAGGAGGGGGCCGAUUCAGCUCUUCCAGUAGCUACGGAGGGGGGCGCUCCGGGGCCUGUGGGAGGGGAGGUGGUGGCAGUUUUGGCUCCAGCUACGGUGGAGGAUCUGGGGGUGGUUUUAGUGCUGGUAGCUUCGGUGGAGGUUCCAGGCGCUUCGGUGGUGUGUCUGGAGGGGGCUUUGGGGGUGGAUCUGGAGGAGGCUUUGGAGGCUCUGGGGGCUUUGGGGGUGGAUCUGGAGGAGGCUUUGGUUUUGGUGGCGGUUCUGCAGGAGGCUUUGGGGGAUCUGGGGGCUUUGGCGGUGACUUUGAUGGUGGUGCUGGUGGUAUUCUGGGCGCUGAUGAGAAGACCACCAUGCAGAACCUCAAUUUCCGGCUGGCCUCCUACUUGGAUAAGGUGCAGGCACUAGAGGAAGACAACAAUAAACUGGAGGGUAAGAUCCGGGAGUGGUAUAACAAGCAGGGACCCAUGACCUUCCAAAAGGAUUACUCCCCCUACUAUGACACCAUCGAAGACCUCAAGAACCAGAUUCUGGACACCACAGUGGGCAACCAUAAGACUCUCCUGGAUCUUGACAACGUUCACAUGACAUUGGAUGACUUCAGGAUGAAGUAUGAGAUGGAAAACACCCUGCGACAAGCAGUGGAGGCUGACAUCAAUGGCUUGCGGAAGGUGCUGGAUGAUCUGACCAUGCAAAAGUCUGUCCUGGAAAUGCAGUAUGAGUCUCAGCAGGAGGAACUGAUUUUCCUCAAGAAGAAUCAUGAGGAUGAGAUGAAUCAGCUGACUGGGCAGAACUCUGGGGAUGUCAAUGUGGAGAUGAAUGCUGCUCCUGGCAAAGAUCUCACCAAGAUCCUCAAUGACAUGCGCGAGCAGUAUGAGAGGAUCAGUGCUAAGAACCGUAGGGACAUUGAAGAGCAAUAUGAGACUCAGAUGAGCCAGAUGGAGCAGGAAGUGACGAAUAGUGGCCGGGAGAUGGAGUCCAGCAACAAGGAGGUGACCCAGCUCCGGCACAGCGUCCAGGAGAUGGAGAUUGAGCUGCAGUCUCAGCUCAGCAAGAAAUUGGCCCUGGAGAAGUCCUUGGAAGACACCAAGAACCGCUACUGUGGCCAGCUGCAGCAGUUGCAGGAGCAGAUCAGUAACCUGGAGGCUCAGCUCACUGAGAUCCGGGGAGAGAUUGAGUGCCAGAAUCAGGAAUACAGCGUUCUGCUCAACAUCAAGACACGGCUGGAGCAGGAAAUUGCGACUUACCGCAGCCUCCUUGAGGGUGGCCAGGAGGACUUUGAAUCUCAUGAAUCUGGACAAAGGCACUCUGGAGGUGGCAGAGGAAGUGGAUAUCAUGGUGGAAGUGGAGGCAGUCAUGGAAGAGGAUCCUGGGGAGGAAGUGGAGGUAGCCAUGGAAGAGGAAGUGGAGGCAGCUAUGGAGGAAGAGGUAGUUCUGGAGGAGGAAGUGGAGGUAGCCACGGAGGAGGAAGUGGUGGCAGCUAUGGUGGAGGAAGUAGCUCUGGAGGAGGAAGUGGAGGCAGGGGAGGAAGUGGUGGCAGCUGUGAAGAAGGAAGUGGAUCUGGAGGAGGAAGUGGUGGCAGCUACGGAGGAGGAAGUGGAUCUGGAGGAGGAAGUGGCGGCAGCUACGGAGGAGGAAGUGGAUCUGGAGGAGGAAGUGGUGGCAGCUACGGAGGGGGAAGUGGAUCUGGAGGAGGAAGUGGCGGCAGCUACGGAGGAGGAAGUGGAUCUGGAGGAGGAAGUGGCGGCAGCUACGGAGGAGGAAGUGGAUCUGGAGGAGGAAGUGGUGGCAGCUAUGGAGGAGGAAGUGGAUCCAAAGGCGGAAGUGGUGGCAGCUAUGGAGGAGGAAGUGGAAGAUCAUCUCAGUCCCAGUCCUCUUCCUCAAAAUCUGGUGAAUGUGAUGAUACACAAGGCUAUCAGAUUCGAUACUAGAGCUCCUGUAAAUGUUUUUGGCUCUGCCUCAGCUGAGUGUCCCCCAGACGGGCAGCCCCCUGACAAAGCCUGCUUAUUGCCUUCUGACAUCAAGGAUGGCUGGCAAGUCCCAGGGCUCAUUUGGGACUGGGCUGAA